AUGGAUGAGGUAGAGAUGCAAUUAUUGGAGUAUGCUAGAAUAGGAGACAUCAGUGGCUUGUAUUUCAUGAUCCAGCAGAAUCCUAAAUACUUGGAGAGUUUCGAUGAAAUCCAAUUCGUCAACACUCCCUUGCAUUUAGUGGCUGCAGCAGGGUAUACAAAUUAUGCCAUUGAAAUCAUGAAUCUAAUGCCAUCUUUUGGCAGGAAGCUCAACAGCGAAGGUCUGAGCCCACUUCAUCUCGCCUUACUAGAAAACCGUGAUGAAACCGUUAGAGCUCUGAUAUCACUUGACAAAGGACUUAUCCGUGUCAAAGGACGGGAAGGGAUGACUCCAUUACACUAUGCUGCCAAAACAAAUCGAGUCGAUCAAUUAGCAAAGUUUAUCUAUGAUUGCCCAGAUUCCAUCGAGGAUUUGACUAACAGGUUCCAAUCUGUGGCACAUGUUGCAUUGGAAAAUAACAAUUGCGAGGCUUUUAAUCUCAUCUUGGGGUGGCUCAGAAGGAGGGGAAGAGAAGAUGUGCUGAGAUGGAAGGAUAUGGAAGGGAAUACAGUUUUGCACAUUGCAGCAUUGAAAAAUCAAGUCCUGGUAUAUUCAUUGUUCUUUGCUUAA